AUGACAUCGGCAUUUCCAUCUACAUCUCCAUCUUGGUCAUUUUCAACGAUACAAAUCUUAUUAUUCACCCUCUACAUCUCUCGAAAUGUGAUGGGACAAUACAUACCUUCUCAAGGUCAUACAAGGGAUAUCAACAAUAACACUUUGGGUGCUCGAGGUGAAGAUGACUCACAAUCACAAUCACAAUCGAAAAAUUUGUAUUUGAUGUCACACGAUGACUUCUGUUUACUUGCACCAUCCAAUCCAGGAACCAAAAUAAGUGAAGCUGGUCAAGAUGUUGUCAGUUAUUGUACCAAUAAAGAACAUAAAACAAGAUUGAUUCCAGAUGGAACACUAAAAGGUGUAACAUACGUCAAGACUCCUUCUUGGGUCCAAGUUAGUGGAUCAGGCGACUUUACCAAAAUGAACAUAUCACCGAAUGAUUUUGGUGGACAAUUCGAUUCUUCAGAACAUACACCUGAAGGAGCCACAUUGAAAAUUAGUACAGGCGGUGAUCCAGCGAGAAAUUGGGUUACCAUGAUUUCAGCCGAUACAUUCUGUAUGAGAGCAUGUACUGGUGAUCCAGCAUACUGUCCAACACAAUACGAUUCGUUGGGGUGUUAUUUCCUUACCUCUAACGGAGUGGGCUGGGAUGACGUUUGGCAAGAUUGUGAAGGCGAUGAUGGUGAUGCACCAGGUGUGAUAGAUGGGAAAACUUACACUCCUGGAAACGGUCCAGAUCCAACACCAUCUAUACCAGCUGUAAGCAAUUGUCAACCUGGUUCAUCCAUAUCAAGUGGUCAGACUGCUGCGGCAGGCUCAGGGUCAGGGUCAGGAUCAGGCUCAGAUACCGGUAAAUCUGGCUCAGCUUCAGGUUCGGAUGUAGCUUCAAGUGGAGAAUCCACUACUUGGCUACCGGUGUCAACCUGUCUACCAUGCACCGCGACUGCUGGAUCAGGCUCGGGGUCUGAAGCAGCUUCUGGAGCAGCAGCGACUUCCUCAGCACCUAGAGAGGGAGGGGCCGAAGGUGGCGGUGAACCUCCCCAAGCUAGUGCAGCGGCUUCAAGUGCUGCACCACAAAGUGGCUCAAGUAAUCCAUUCGCUUCAGGAUCUGGAUCAGCUUCGAGCGCCGUGUCAGGUCCAGCAUCAGCUGCAGGAGGUAGCUCAGCUGCGUCAGGAUCUGGUUCUUCCGAAGCUGGUGGUGGUCAAAGUGGCGGAACAGAACAAGUUGGAGUGACCAAACUUUCUCCUCGAUCCUUGUCAGUCUCCGCUUCCACUUCAACAUCAUUGACUAGCUCAGCUCAUAUCACGACGGCUCCUGAAGCCAGAGGCCACUCAGACGAAAUGAUGGCGAGGCAAUUAGGGUAUGGUUGGAUGGACAGGAGAGAUGGUGAAACCAGUACUUCUGGUGAUCAAUGCUGUUUCACAACUUGGACACCAUCAGUAAUCGGUGGAACCAGUCCUACGGGAGCUGCAGGAGGAGCUAAGAAUGGAAGUGGCGGUUCCUCAAGCGCAGGUGCAGGUGCAGGUGGAAGUGCAAGUGCAAGUGGUAAAGCAGGAAGUGCAAGUGGUAGUGCAAGUUUAACAGGAACGAAGACUGCUCCAGCGACAUCUGUGACGAGUGGUAGUAUCGGAGGGAAGAACGGUACAUCAAGUAAUAACGGAACGACAGGUGUGAACGGUACGAAGGAUGGUAACAACUCCGAUUCGUCAAGUUACGGUAGAAACGAUUUAUGGAUCAUUGGUGGAAGUUUAAGUAAACUCUUUAUUGUCAUAUCGGGAACUACGAUGGGAUUGGUCUUGGGUGGAUUCACAUUGAUGUAG